AUGAAGUUUCUCGAAGAGCACCAAGUUCCAGUUCCACAAGUUCAUGCAGCUUUUGAGGACCCAAACUCUAAGAAAACUUAUAUUAUCAUGGAUCACGUCCCUGGCGAUACGCUUGAAAGCUUAUUGCCGUCUCUUAAUCCGAGUGAAAAGGCCACGAUAUGCAAGUUGAUCAAGGACGCGAUGUCGAAGCUACGGAGUAUACCGUCGCCUGGAAUGAGUCAGAUUGAGAAGGAGCAGUAUAUUCGAUUGUUGCGACCUAUGAUCGACCAGACCCUUCGCGGUCACCGUCCUGUUUUUACCCACGGUGACCUUCAACCGAAGAACAUUAUGGUUGAGAGGCUCGGAGUUCGUGACGGAUGUCCGGAGUUCAAUAUUACUCUAUUGGUCCGGGAGGGUGCUGGGUGGUUCCCGGAGUACUGGGAAUUUUGCAAUGCGACGAUCGCCUUACUCCUUGGAAUUUCUUAUGAUGCAGGUGGUCUAUGCUUCGGUAUUUUACUAGCUCGGGAAGGACUGGAACAGACAAGCACGUACUUAGUAUUAGAUCAUGUGGUACGAUGA